AUGCGCGUCCCAAGGGCCCAGUGCUGUGCACUCACCCAGCGCCUUGUCCGUGCGCCCCCGCAGUCGCGCAGCCUGGAGCCCAGAGUUCGGACCAGAGGCCAGAGCCCGGAAGGGGGGCUGGGCCUGGCGGCCCCAGGACCCCGCGCGCAGCAGAACCAGCCCGGCGCGCAGCAGAACCAGCCCCGCGCGCAGCAGAACCAGCCCCGCGCGCAGCAGAACCAGCCCGGCGCGCAGCAGAACCAGCCCCGCGCGCAGCAGAACCAGCCCCGCGCGCAGCAGAACCAGCCCGGCGCGCAGCAGAACCAGCCCCGCGCGCAGCAGAACCAGCCCCGCGCGCAGCAGAACCAGCCCGGCGCGCAGCAGAACCAGCCCCGCGCGCAGCAGAACCAGCCCCGCGCGCAGCAGAACCAGCCCGGCGCGCAGCAGAACCAGCCCCGCGCGCAGCAGAACCAGCCCCGCGCGCAGCAGAACCAGCCCCGCGCGCAGCAGAACCAGCCCGCGCGCAGCAGGUGCUCCGUAGUGACCCUCUGCAAGGGGAAGCUGCAGCCUGGUGGGAGGGUGGCUGCUUCACACCUCCCAGGCAGCGAUCUCACCUCCAAUGGCUCCCUCAGAAGUGGAGGGAGCCUCUUCCUGCUGCGGUCGGUCGCGGCUGAGGACAGUGCGUGGGGCUGGCCACCCUCUCCGAGGGUCACAGGCCGUCACACGGUCAUCUCCCCGUCAGGCUGCGGCUGGCCGCGCCGAGCCCUGACCGCACCUUCGGUGCCGCAGGAGGAGCUUAAUGCGGAACCGUCAUCUCGCUGCUGCUCCGCAGGUUGGACAGUCAAAAGCCGGACCAGCUUCAGCAAGAUCUCCAGCGUCCACCUCUGUGGCCGCCGCUACUGCUUCGAGAGUGAGGGUGACAUCCAGCGUUUCCAGCGGGACUUCGCGUCCCGCCUGUGGCUCACCUACCGCCGGGACUUCCCGCCCUUGGCCGGGGGCUGCCUGACCUCAGACUGUGGCUGGGGCUGCAUGUUGCGAAGUGGGCAGAUGAUGCUGGCACAGGGCCUGCUGCUGCAUUUCCUGCCCAGAGACUGGACAUGGGCGGAGGGUGCAGGCCUGAGCCCCCCUGAGCCGUCAGGGUUGGCCUCUCCCAACCGGCACCAUGGGCUUGCCCACUGGAAGCCCCCACGCUGGGCCCAGGGCGCCCCUGAGCUGGAGCAGGAACACUGGCAUCGGCAGAUUGUGUCCUGGUUUGCCGACCACCCCCAGGCCCCCUUCGGCCUACACCAGCUGGUGGAGCUGGGACAGAGCUGGGGCAAGAAGGCAGGGGACUGGUAUGGGCCAUCUCUUGUGGCACAUAUACUCAGGAAAGCUGUGGAGAGCUGCUCAGAGGUCACCCGCCUGGUGGUGUACGUGUCUCAGGAUUGCACAGUGUACAAAGCAGAUGUGGCCCGCCUGGUGGCUCGGCCGGACUGCACAGCCGAGUGGAAGUCUGUGGUCAUCCUGGUGCCUGUGCGGCUGGGUGGGGAGACUCUCAAUCCCGUGUAUGUGCCCUGCGUGAAGGAGCUCCUGCGUUCAGAGCUGUGCCUGGGCAUUAUGGGGGGCAAGCCGCGGCACUCGCUGUAUUUCAUCGGCUACCAGGAUGACUCCCUGCUCUACCUGGACCCCCACUACUGCCAGCCCACUGUGGAUGUCAGCCAGGCUGGCUUCCCCCUGGAGUCCUUCCAUUGCACCUCACCCCGCAAGAUGGCCUUCACCAAGAUGGACCCCAGCUGUACUGUGGGGUUCUAUGCUGGAAACAGGAAGGAGUUUGAGACACUGUGCUCAGAGCUGACCAGGGUCCUCAGCUCCUCCGCGGCCACACAGCGGUACCCCAUGUUCACCCUGGCCGAGGGCCAUGCUCAGGACCACAGCCUAGACAACCUCGGCUCCCAGCCAACUCUGCAGCUCCCUCGCACUGGGCGGCUACUCAAGGCGAAACGCCCCAGCUCUGAGGACUUUGUCUUUUUAUAAAGGGAUGGGAUGGGCGAGAAGAUAGGACAAACACUAUUUAUUUUUUUAUUUAUGUCACACUGGAUGUGGGAGCUUAACCUCUGGUGGUGAUGGUACUUCCCACUUCUCACUCCCUUAAGUGCAGCUGAGACCAGCCCAGGAAACCUCCAGGCUGGAGCCAUUAAGCCAGGGACGAGCCCAAAGGCCUGCCUCCUCCCUCUUGGGCCCUCCUCACAGGGCGAGGAGGGGGGGAUGGCAGAUGGACUCCCAGGCACCCACUCAGGGCCUGACUCAAGUACUGUAGUUUGCACUGGACUGCUCGUGCCCUCGCCUCAAAGCUUCUGUCCUGCUAAGGGCCGGUGGCAGUGUGGGAACUGGCUGCCUGGGGCCAAUAAAGCCGUCGGAUUUGACCUCAGCUAUGGCCAGACAGAGCAUUUGAGAGAUGGGACCAGGGUGUGUAUCAAGAUGAGACAUGUCCAUGUCUCCUGGGGAGCCGGAGUAGACUCAGCUUCCACAUCUCUAAGACGGGACUUCUCCCUUGCCCACAGGGAGACACGUGGGUCUGUACAGUCAACAAGAAGGGAUGCAUUCAGAGGCCUGCUUGAAGGGAGAGAAUCUGAGGGCCCUUGCCUUCUCCAUGAGCUCAGGGGCAGCUCUUGAGCCCCUGCUGCUUCCUCCUUUUCCGGGCCAGCAGGCGGAAGUGCAGCCUUUUUGGAUUGAGGCCGAAGGCCUGCAGUCUCUGGCGGCUGAACUCCUGUCCUCCAAGCGUCACUGUGGGGCCCAGGAGUCGAGCCUUCUUGCCCCUCCUCCGCCUCUGGGGGGCUGGCUUCUCUGUGGGUGACACGGGGGCGGCCUCUUUCUGUGCUGGGGGGCUCUCCGGCUGGGGCCGCUUCCUGCAGGCCCCAUCAGAUGCCAGCAGCUGCCCCUGUGGGCCGGCUUUGUCUCCCUGUGGCUUCCCUGUGGCUUCCGUGGGUGUCUCUUUCCUGGGGAAAGAAAGUCAGGGCUCAGCCCAGGCAGCACAGUGAGACCCCUUCCCAGUGUACAUCCCCCGUUUUACAGUUGAGAGGAGAGGUUCAGAUAGAUGGCAACGCAGCAAUUCAGGUGCCUGCCUGGAAUUCACACUGGGGUCUGACACCAAAACUGGGUUUUUCUACUGAAUCCUGAAGCUGGACUGUGUUGCUGAUAAUUCUUGUAUUUGAGCCUGGGCUUACACUAAGCUAUUCACAUAAAUUAACUCAUUUCAUCUUUAAAUCAACUCUGGGAAUUCCUGUCACCCCUGUUCCCUGCUGUAUAGACCAAGAAGUAACAUGAUAACAAUAGCUAAAA